AUGCCUAGAGUAUGCUCAAUAUGUAGAGAAAAAAAUGAUCUAACACUUUUUAGAGUGCCGAUCAAUAGUGUUAGAGCACAAAAAUGGCAAGAGGUUUUUGGUACUCAAGAAACAUUAGUUCCCGGCAAAACUGUUUUGUGUGAAAAACACUUUUUGUCAACAGACAUUGUAAGACAAAAUGAAAUUAAAGACCCUAUUACAAAUCAUGUUAUUUGUACAAUUGCUCUAAGUAAAACUAUACUGAAACCUGAUGCUGUUCCUAUUCUUGGAGUAAAAAUUCCUAUUAAAACAUAUUCUAGGAUACCCACAUCAACUACAGUUAAGACAAUAAUUGGUCCUAGAACUGAUGAACUAAUAAGCCAAGAAUUUUGUGAAGAGUUAAAUGACUUAAAGGAAAAUGAUGCUAGUAAAUUUGGACCCAAAAAACUUGUUUUUUCAAACAAUUAUGAGCCAUAUGAUAAUCUGUUAGCAUACAGUUUGCCCAGUAAUUUAUGCUUAACACUAUUCAAAAAUGAAACAAAAAUAUGUAUUCCCAGUUCUUGGAAUAAAAUUUUGCCACAAAAUAGUCCAAAUACAACUAUUUUUUGUGAAGUAUUAACAAAUUUAAAAGAACCAGCAGUGCCUGUAUUUGGAAAAACAGUAGCUGUAAAUGAAAAAUCAUUUGUCAGUUUAAGUUAUUUGGGGAAAUCCAUAAGUCUAGACCACUUUAAUCAAAUUAAAGAACUUAAAACUAUCUUCGAAUUAGAAAAUCUAAUUCAACAAUUUGACAAACAAAUAAUGUGCAAUGGUGUAAACAUAAAAGAGAAUCUUAUAAGACAUAAACCUUCAAAUACAUUUAUGGAUCAAAUUGGUAAUUUGCGACAUUUAAAGUGUAUAAUGUUAAGUAAUAAUAACAAAAAUGUAUGUGGAAAUUGUGCAAGUAUAAAACAAUCAAUACGUACGAAUAAAUAUCGUCAAACAAAAAAACGGACUUCUGAGUAUAAGCGCGUCCAUUUAAAUGUAACUCCUUCUAAAUCCAAAAAAUUACAAAAUUUACGUCAAAAAGCAAAAAAAUUACAGCAAAAUAAAAAAAGAGGACAGAUUCAACUGAAAAAUUUACAAUCAAAACUAGACAAAGCAAAGAAAACUCUAAGAAAUAUAAAUAACAAUUCGUUAAUGAAUGAAUUAAGAAGUUCAAAUAAAAUGGAACAUAACCAAUUACUACUUGUAGAAGAAAUAUUGUCAGCAUCUAAGAGGAAAAGUGAAAGAGGAAGAAGAUACAAUGAAGAAUGGGUUAUGUUGUGUAUGUUGUUUCAUAUUCGGUCACCGUCAGGAUAUGCAUACCUUAGAAAUAAUAACAUUUUGCCAUUACCAUGUACAAGAACCAUAAGAAAGUACUUAUCAAUAAUAAAUACUUCUUGUGGUUUCGACCCAAAGUUCUUUGAAAUUUUUAAAAUGAAUCUUUCAACAAAACCUGAAAUGCAAAAACAUGGUUUAUUACUGUUGGAUGAGAUGAGUGUUAGAGAAAGCAUUUCAGUAAAUUCAAAGACCCUCACUUAUUCUGGGUUAAUUGAUUUUGGACCAGAGGAUGAAGAUUUAACCAGUUUACCAAAGCCCACUUCCUUAAACGAUAAGGCAACACAUGCCUUAGUGUUUAUGUUCCAGCCACUGGCUGGCAAUUAUACACAGCCAAUAGCAGUGUUUGCGUCUAGUGGCCCAGUUAAAGGGGUAACACUUGCUCAACUUAUCAUUAAAGCAACUAUUUUGUUAGAAAAAUCUGGUGCAUAUGUUCAUGGGUUUAUUGCCGAUGGUGCUCAAACAAACCGGAAAGUUUGGAACGAAUAUGGUUUAAGAGGCAAGCUAAAUGAUUGCCAAAACUAUGUUGAACAUUUUGUCGAUCCAGAAAGAAAAUUUUUUGCAUUUUCGGACACACCACAUUUGCUAAAAAAUAUCAGAAAUCGUUUUUAUAAUAAAAAAGAACUUGAGACACCACUAGGAAUUAUAAAAUGGAAAUUUUUUGAAAAAUUGUAUGAAGAAGAUUGUCAUGUAACAAGCUCUUAUUUAAAAGUUUGUCCAAAAAUAACAAAAAAUCAUGUACAUUUAGUAAAUUCAUCUCUGAAAAUGAGAGUUCGUUAUGCAGCACAAAUUUUGAAAGAAUCAUUACAAUUUUUAAACGAUUGGGAAGACAUGUUUCACAAUCGCAAAAUAACUGAAAAUCAGUUUUUAACAGCUAACACAGCUGAAGGUUUACGAGUAACACUUCAGUCAACAUUAGAUAUUAUUGAAUAUUUAAUUACUAGAUACAAUUUCACUUAUGUAUUAACUGGAAAAAUAAACCAGGAUGCAUUGGAACGUUUUUUUGGAACAAUUAGACAAGCUGCUGGAGCAAACGACCAUCCAGGAACCCCAACAUUUAUACAGUUGUAUAAAUUGUUGUCUGUAUAUAGUAUUUUGCGUCCUCCAAAGUAUGGAAAUUGUUCCAUUGAUACUGAUACAUCUAAUCAAUCAUCAAAUUUAAUAAAAAUUAGUGACUUAAAAAGUAUAUAUGAUAAUAAAAGUGAAUCUGCAUUAGGAACAUUAAAAAGAAAAUUAGAUGACAUUCUACUCGAAGAUUUGUGGGAGUUUACAGAUAUAUUAGAACAUGAUUAUUCAUACGCACCUGUAAUAGAUUGUUUAAUAUAUUAUGUAACAGGAUAUUUGUGUAAGCAAAUAUUUAAGCAUAGUCAAUGUAGUGUAUGUAAAGAAGCUAUAAUUUUGAAUAGUAAACUUCAAGGUCCUGAGCAUCUACAUAAUCGUGGUCCUGAGUCUGAAUUGACAGAAUUGAAGUCUAGGGGAAAAUUGAUACACCCAAAUAAGAAAUUUUUUCACUUUAUUUUUAAGAUUGAAGAAUAUUUUAUACUUCACAUAGAUAGUCCUUAUGUGUUUGAAGAAGUAGUUGAAGAUAUAUUGACUAAUGAAUGUUUAGGUUUCCCUUGUCGUCAACACAAAGACGAAAUAAUUACUUACUCCAUAAGGUACUAUAUCAAUAUGCGUAUGCGCCAAUUUACUAAGCAGCUAAAUCAAAAUAAUCAAAAAGAAAAUCAAAAAAGAAAAAAACUAUCAAAAUUCUGUACUACAUAA